AAAGACGGCGGACACACGCGAAUUUGAUGCGCGUUUUGGCGUUUGCUCGGUGGUUUCCGUUUUGAGAAUUUUUUUCGCUUCUUCAGUAGUAUCAGUCUCUCUCUUUCUAACACGUGUGUUUCGUGUAUACGGACGACGAUGUGAAGUCGAUCGUUGUUGGUGGAAGCAAGACGCAACCUGCGUCGAGGUGCUGCAAUAAAAUUGAAAUAAAAAAAAAGUGCACAGAAAGACGUCGGUCGCGGGUUUUCUUCAGUUCGAAUAUCGAGAAUUCAACAUAAUAAUUUCGAUUACUACUAUUAACUACUCUUACCAUUUUCCCAGAUUGUGAAUGGGAAGUUUCGUGCGUAGUUUUGUGCGUGCCGUGUGGAAGUGAGAUUUUUGUGCAAGUUUCUUUUGGUUCUUCUUCGUGGUGUGGAAGAAUGAACGGCGAAGAAGUGCUGCUGCUGUGAAAUUCUUGUGGGGCCCCUGGGAUGAUCAACAACAAAACCAAAAGCAAGCAACUGAAGAAAAAAAAAAGCGCAAGGUAAUAUUUUGACGGCAAUCCCUCAAUUGGAAUGAUCUUUCUUUUGGGAAUUCUACGCAAAAGUCUUCUAUAAUUCUUCAAACCUUUUCGCCGGUGAAGUUUCUUCAUUGGAAAUUGUUGGUGUGAUAAAAGCAAAACAAAAAAGAUGGCAGAAUGGCUGCUUUGAUCGUGGUUUUUCUUCACUCGAAACGCUGAUCGACGACGACGACGACGACCGCAAAGGCCCGGUUAGAGAAAAAUAAAGCGGAAAAACGAGUUGAAAAACAAAAGCAAACUUCAAUUCAAGCAAGAAUCGUCUCAACUCAAGGUUGGUGGGAAACCCGAGCAAAAAAUUUCUCUACCAAACACCACCCCCCUCGAUUUAAAGUUGAUAUUUUUGUUAAUAAGUUAACAGUUUGAUCGAUUCAAAUUUGAAAAAGAAUCAAGAAGAUCAUUCAAGCGAAGUUUGGUUAUAUUUAUGCGAGCGACGAGGAAACGAAACAUCAAAAGAGAAUAACAUAACGAAAGAAAUCAGUAAAAAAAGUAGACGGCAAACCCGAGAAGUGAAUCAAAAAAAAAAACGCGAGUGCAAAAAUAAAACGAAUCGAUCGAGAACGGAAAUCGUUGCCGUUUGUUGUAUGUUACUUAUUUCGAUCUUACCUUACCUACUUGUUCCCCCUUUCGAAUUCGACCGAUUUCCCCCCUUUGUUUGCAUCCAGCUAAAGAAAAAAAAAGAAGAUUGGUUAAAGUAACCUGCUCGUUAAUAAAUUGAGCUUAAGUUACGAAGAAAAAGAAAAGUGAGGGAAAACGCAAAAGGAAUAAAUUAAAAGCUAAAGAAAGGUGUGCGGUGUGUUGUUCAAGUGUGGAAUUCAACCGGAAGUGCUGUUGGCCGAUUGUGUUUUGAUCAAUUCUUGGUGAAGUUGGCAAAGAAGAAGAAAGCUUAAGCCAAAGGGAGGAUAACGUCCGUUUUGUGGAUUAAUCUGGACGAUCGCGGUUCUUCGAUUCAGCUGAGUAACGGACCUGUGUAUGGUCGGAUAGGAAAACUAUUUUCUAAAGGUGAGACUUGUCAACAAAAACGCUGUCCAGGGAUCUGGGAGGUGCCGCUUAUUUAGAAGAUCGUUGGAACGCCUCGAACGGACAUUAAGUAGCAAGAUUAAGCGCAUUCCAGCAGCCGGCCAUUCGGUUUUUCAAUUUUCGGAAAGUACUAGCUGCCGGGCACCGUAUUUGGGAUUAAUCCUGUGACCACUUAGGACUGCAAAUAUGGCCACUCCAUAAUAAGUGACGAGGGACCUUGGCAAAGGACGAAAAUUGGCUGGCGAUAAGAGAGUCUGUUACUCGUCGUUACUUUAAUAACCGGAACUGAGUUAAGAGCUGAUGUUGCGUGAAGACUGAAAUUGAUGCUUUCAGUUCAAGAAGCCGAGGGAUGUCACCAGCACGGUGUUUUUGUCGAUAAUUGCCUGCGGACGACCCUGGCCGUGAAUGACCGAGAACCCUUGCUCGGGCUCUGACUUGAUCAACGAAACACCGGACAACUCUCUGUUUAAUGAGAUGUAGCCAUCGGAGCGGCUUCUAAGGCCGAGAAAGCCUGUCGUUUGUCCUGUCUCGUUAUUGACCGCGCGUGUAAUUAUAACUUAGUUCUGUUGGAUAGUUCGGAGGAAUCGAAUCGGAAUUUUUACGUAACGCCCUUCCCCUUUUGGAAGUAACUUAAAAUGUCUGAAAUGAGUCCAAGUGGCGCAGAUGGAGUGGGGGGAGGAUCCAACCCAAUAAGUCGAGCCGUAUCACCCCCACCUCAACACAGACAAGGUCCUCUGCCGCCGAUUCCGGCCGUGAGGACUUCUUCCCUUCCGCCAAAUCAGCAGCAGCCAAUCCCUCAACCUCGAUCCAGUACCCAGCUGACUACCCAAGCGAUUGUGCAUCAUCAUCAUCACAAUCCUCAGCAGCCUGCAGUCAGCUCUCAACAUCCGCAGCCGCCAAUUCAUCUUCAACCUCAAGUGAUCAUUGCUUCUGGUCCUCCACCGGGACCGCCUAAUGUUGGUGCAAGUAAUAACAGUGCUGCUGCGAUACUUCAGAUGCAACAGCAACAUCAGCAACAACAACAACUUCAUCAAUUGCAACAGCAUCAGCAGCAGCAUCAUCAGCAGUUGCAGAAUCCAUCGAACGGGAUGAUGAUGAUGAUGGGUGCCGGCGCUGCUUCUGUUCCUGUUCCUCCGGCAUCUGGAGCUUCUUCUGGAGCCAUCGGUAGCAAUCAGAUUUAUCCCACAUCGACUGGUCUUGUUAGUGGACCUCGCAUCGUAGUUCUGCAUCGACAGAAUGGUGACUUCGGGUUCACCCUGCGCCAUUUUAUCGUCUACCCUCCGCCGGAAGCAACAGCGGACCCCUCGGCCAACCGUCUAGCGGAAGCGAUCGGAAUGCCCAACUUUGCCCAACCCAUGGAUACGGUAUUCGUGAAAAAGGUUCACCCGAACUCAUCGGCGUUCCUGGCUGGCCUACAAGAAGGGGACCGGCUUCUGGCGGUCAAUGGAAUUGCGGUCACCAGCAUUCCGUAUGCGCAGGUGGUCGCAACGAUCCAACAAACUCCGAAAACCCUGACGCUUCAGGUGGUACCCAAGAACUACGAUCUGCUGCAGACGUACUUCAGCGAAACGGCCUACAAUCCGGAAACGAAUCAGCGACCGCAGCCGCAACAACCACAACACCAGACGACGCUGUUUCUCCCGAAAGCGGCUUCUACCCCAACGCCGAGUUCCCGACCUACCAGUAGCAAUAGUAAUGUGAUAACGGCAGCUCAUGGAGCAGCCGGUGUCAAACGAGUGCUGAACGAUGUACAGGAGAAGCAGGAAUCUCUCUACAGUACACUGCAGGAGAUUGUGGGGAAUGCCGUUGCCGGUGGCUCUAGCAGCAGCAACAACAAUGGUGGUAACAAUAAAGCAAUCUACGCCGAGGUUUCCCGAGUACGAUCGCCACCGGUAGCGGCGGAAGCUCCCCAACUUCACAACCCGCAACAACAGCAGCAGCGUAUCAACAAACCUUUGAUCUUUGACUUCGAUCCGGUCAAACAGCAACAGUACCUGGUUCAGCAACAGCAACAACAACAGAAGCAGCUGCUGCAACAGCAGCAACUUCAACAGCAACAACAGUACCGUGACAGUGAUUCCAUUAGUUCGUACGAUUCGAUUAAAUCCGGUGCCACGCUAACAGCUUCGCCGAGUGACGUCCUCUCGCUUGGCAACGUCAGCGGUGAAAGUGGCGACAGUGCAAUAAUGUCUCGACUGCGCAAAAGCUUCGAGCAAAAGGAAGAAUUCCUGCGGCGACCGAUCGGAACAACCCCGUUGGACGUCCUGCAGCAGCGGGAGUUUUACAGCCGACCCAAUCGGUUGCAGAAAACCGUCUGGCCUCCGAUGAUGCCACUGGCCGCUGGCCAGCAACAACAAUCUUCAAAAGCAACACCUGUGAUAGCAACAACCACCAACAAUAACAGCAACAUCAAUCCCAACGAGCAGCAAGAUUCCUUAACGAUGGCGGCCCAGAAGCCGCUCAAAAUUUCUUCCGGAACACAAACGGCUGUUCCGGGCAAGCCGGUUCCAACGGCCCGGGAACAACACACCUCCCAUCUGUCGGCAAUAAGGGAACAGUUUUUCAGUGGAGUUAACGGCCUAAAUGUAGACCCCUAUCAAAUUCCACCGAAGUCAGCGCCAGCUUCGCUGCUGCCUCAGCAGCAACUGCAACCGACUCAACAACAGCAACAGCAACCGAUGCUCUCGCCGCAUAGUAUGCACGUUGUUUCGGAGAAGGCUAAGCUGUUUGAGUCCGGGAGGCCCUUGUCUCCGGAUGGUGUCGAUCGUGCUGAGCUUUAUAAGAGUGAGCUGAGCCGGUUGAACCCGAAACAGGUCGUUUCCAACGUUUCGGUGCGACGGAAAGAGUUUGAACUUAAAGCUGAAAGUACCGGCUGGCGAAGGUCGACAGAGGAAAAACCCCGCUCGGUCAGUUCCGAUUCGGAAUCGCACCGGACCCCAAUCCGGGUCCGGUCACUCUCGGUCGAAUCCAGCUGCUCUAGCUCCCUAAAGGAUCACUCCCCAGUUCGUCCAGCAGCCAAUGCGAUGCUGGCUGAUCAAGAUCAAGGCCCACAAUCUUUGCCGGGUGCAUCUGGUCCCGGUGGCUGUACCUUGCUCCGACAGCGGCCGGUUCGGGAAAACUCCUACCGCAAUGCGGUCCGAAACUCGACAGCAUUUUGGCUACAGGGACCGGCCUCAUCGGGAGCAUUUGUACCGCCACCAAUCAUCACCUCCACGAACACCACCACAAACAACCACAACACUGCAUCAUUCUUACCACCACCAACAACAACAUCAUCUGCACAACAGUCACAAUCCUUAAUGAGUCCCGCUCCUGUCUCAGCUCCCCUCCCAAAUACUGUCCAAAACUCCAACGGCAGAGUGUUCUCCUUCAACGGUUCCAACGGAAAAACCCUAACGCUGGGCAUGGCUCCGAUUCCUCCGGUUCGAACAUAUGCAGCCGCUCACAGGCUGCAACCUCUCUCAGAGGAACAGUUCCGGAUGAAAAUGAUGCAUCGCAAUCAAACGAUUGUCGAGGUUCACAGUCAACCGGAAGCUGGAACCGGAUCGGAGCAAUUUUGCUGCAGUAGUGACGAGGGAGCUGGAACCGAUGGGGAUUUCGAUAUGAAGUUGCUUCCAUCUCCUAGUUUGUAUUCUCAAUCCCCACUCCUGUCUCCUUUGCUUCCCUUAAAUUUAAACACUCCCAACAACAACACUGGCACCAACACCUCCAAUGCGCCGCGGCUUUCUUCGACAAAUGCCGGAAGUGGCGGCAACAAGAUGGCGGUCCGGCCGACGACGUUGAAUUUGUGUUCAGAUGCCAACCAGGUGGUAAUGCGGCAGAAACAAAAGCACUUCCAUCCGGGCUCCGGAACCACCACCAAUCCCCUAACAAUCGAGGAGGAUGAGCGUAAAACUCGGCGCAUUUCCUACCUUCGGGCCACCGCCCACGACAACCUGUUCCAGAUGAUGGAAAGUGAUCCUUCGGAGGGAGGAAGUCCAAUGUCCCUACCACCGGACACCCCAGACACGGAACCGGAAACGGGUGCCGCGGCCGGAAACACUUCAACAACAACGACGGCAGCAUCCGGAGCAACAGUGACGACAACGAUCGACGAGGAAUCUCUGGUUCCAGGAUCUGUGACCGGCAUCAUCGAUCAUCAGCUCCAAUCGAAGGAUCAACAAUCGCAACAACUCAAGAGUGCCCACCGGCCCUGGCGACGUCCGCGUUUUACCACCGACAUUCAACCGCUGCGAAGGUUGUUCGAAGAUUCCCCACCCCCGGUCAGUUUGCCUCCGAUUCCGGAAACGGGGGCCGGUCAACAGCAGCUACUUCCGGUUCCAGAACCCCCCUCGAGUGAGAUGCUGGAAAGUGACGACGGUGGAGAAUUGGAUCAGGAUAUGCUGCUGAUGGAUUCCAGGUUGGCGGUUGGGCAGAAGCGAUCGGCCUCGGUGCAUCUGGCCGGACAUCAGCAGAUGAGUGGAAGCAGCAUGGGUAAUCUGCACGUGAUAACGACGACUUCCGCUUCCGGUGUGGUCACCCGAAGCUACUUUUUCGCUCAGAGCCACAGUGCCAAAUCGAAGGCGUUGGCCCACUUCCGGGAUAGUCCGGCAGAUCCGGCGGCCCCGCUCAUCCGGGAGGGGGAGCUGAACGUCAAGGUAACGCUCCUGGACGGGAAACGGUCCCAGGAUCGCAGCUGGCGAACAGUCCACGCCGAGCUGCGUGGCAACCGGCUGAAGCUGACGCUGUUGCGUGGCGGCGAUGCCAAAAGUGGAACCGGACAGAGUCCGGAACCUUCGGGGAUAAUCGAUCUCACCAACUUCCACGUGGCCGAGGGAAACUACACCAAGCGGAAGAAUGUUUUCAAACUGUCGACGGUGUCCUAUCCGCAGCCGAUUGCCGGUCAGGGAUCUUCAGGGAUUCAACAGCACCAGCACUUGGCCCAAUCGCAUCAGCAUCUGGCGGUACAUCAUACGCAAUCGGCGGGGGCAGUUGGUUUGGGGGGAAGUAGUGGGCCGUCAUCUUCGGUACCCUAUAAGGGCUACGAGAGGGAACUGCUGCUGCAGGCCGACUCCCAUCAGGAUAUGCGCCUCUGGAUGGACUCGCUGGGGACAGUUUGCCGGAGUAGCCAGUACCUGAACAGUAGUGAUUACAUCAACAGUGGCCUCGGAGGCCAGCAGGCGGAACCUCAACGGGUGGCCGCCCUCACCAGUGUGCAAUCGACCAGCAACGACGAAUUCUCGCCGCUACUUUCGACCAAAUCACACCGGAAGUAUGCCCUAGGUUCCCGAUCUCCUUCCGGCCAAUCGCCGGUUACCAAAAGUAGAAAAACGCCGCAGCAGAGCAGUGCGGCCAUCCUGACACCGGCAGCCGUUGCCCACGCAAAUGCCGCCAGCCACAGUGGCAAGGAAAGCUCGGACAAGGAGACGGGCUCCCCGAAGUCGAAAACCUGGAAAGGAAUCGUUGCCCGACAGUUCCGCAAAAUGCAGGGUCAACCAGGAUCACCCGGUUCCCAGCAUCCGGAAAUCCUUCUUCCGGACGGAGCUUCCAUUAAUGUCCCUCUCCAACUGUGCCCUCAAUCGGAGGAAAACCCCUACGUCCCGCUGCUCCUAGCCAAAUGUACCGGCAUCGUCGAGAGCAAAGGCCUCGGUGUCAUCGGAAUCUAUCGGAUACCCGGAAACACCGCAGCCAUCUCGCAACUAACGGAACAAGUCAAUCGGGGCAUGGACGAAACGACCCUUAAAGACCCGAAGUGGGAAGACGUGAACGUAGUAUCAUCCCUUCUGAAAUCCUUCAUUCGAAACCUUCCGGAGCCCCUCAUCCCGGCCGACCUCUACCAAAGUUUCAUCCAGGUCGACAAGUUAAUAAGCGGCCAGCAGCGCCUCAUCGAGCUGAAGCAGCUUCUGAAGCGCAUUCCCGUCUACAACUACGAAACCCUGAAACAUCUGAUGCGGCACCUGAGUGUGAUAAGCACCAAUGCCCUAGUUAAUCUGAUGGAUCCCCGCAAUAUGGCCAUCGUGUUUGGCCCCUCGGUGGUGCGGAGUGCCAACGAGUCGCUCGAGACCGCCGUCAAGGACAUGAAACACCAGUGCCAGAUCGUCGAGGUGCUCAUUACGCAUUACCAGUACUUCUUCGAGGACGACCUGCUGCCGAAUGUGGUCGAGAAGCCGGCCACGACCACCGUCGAUUCCGGCCUGGAGGUUCCCUCCACGUCGCUGUUGCUGGAUAAUGUUUCUAAAAUUGAACCCUUCAAAGAAUCAUCAAAGGAAAGUAGUUCCCAUUUCGUGGCCCAGAUUGUGCAGGCGGCCAACAGGAAGAUCCGAAGGACGGCCCAGCGUAAGAGCACCAUGUCCUCGACGACUCCGGACUCGCUGUCGCUCGAUAGCACCACGUCAGCGGAAUCCAAGGAACAAUCGUCACGAAUUUCGCACCGAUACCUGCUUCCUGGAACGGCAGCUAGCCUUGGAGCAGGUCGCGGUGGUGCUGGAAGCGGAAGUCAGUCGGAUCCGGGCGGUGCGAGUCAUCAUCAUCAUCGCCAUCAGCAUCAGCAUCAGGUGGUGGUGAGGAUGGACGAAAGUCAGAAGGAGAAUCAUCAGUACUACCAUCAGCAGCAGCAGCAGCAGCAGCAGCAGCAGCAAAUGACCACCGGAACGGUGGCGUCGGGAGCAACAGCAGGGACAGGAAAUGUCGAUGGACGACACCACAGCACCCAGAGCAACGACGACAACUCAUCAGUAUUAAACCGAUCGUCCGAGGAGGAUUCCAACGAUAGUGCAUUUGCCGAUAAUGGUUCGAUGUCCCUAAACGUGGUCACCAUCGCCCUGGAUCACAAGCUACGUUCGAUCCGAAAUUCCUCGAUCGACUCCGACCGGGACCUGGUGGACACAACGACGCUGGAAAGCGAUGGGGACAACAGCAGCAGUUGCUACAGCAGCAAUAAUGGUGGCAUAACGCUACGAAGUUCAACUCCAACCCGUAGAUCGAUGCACCAUUCGAGGCCUCUAACACUGGGCGAAAACAUUCCCUAUGCCGACGAAUCCCCGGAACGUCCGUUGAUCCCGACUCGGUCGAAACCUCUGCGGCAAAACAGCGGAGCUAGUGGUGGAGGACCUUUCAAAAAGUCCUCACCGGACUCCGGCAGCAAUAACAACUUGGUGAACAACAACAACACCAGUGGAAGUACCCAGCAGGACGAUUCGGUGAAAUCGGCCCAAUCGCAGAAGUCGAUCGAUAGCGGAGGAACUGGGACGACGACGACCGGAACGAAUUCCACCAACGAUAGCUGCGUAACCCUCAUCAACGAUCUGGACCUGGAGGAGGAGGACAAGGUGAACAACAUUUCGGUCAGCUCGGACGAUACGGACACUUCGACGACGAGCAACCCUCGGGAAAAGUUGACCUCCACCUAUAGGAUCGAUACCGAGGUGCUGAAAAAGAUGAAUCGGAUAUUGACCAAUCUGGAACGGAAGGCGAACAAUUUGGAGCGGAAGUUCAACCUCAAUCGGUCCCUUUCGCUAAAUUACAAAAACCACAAGAACUUGGUGGAGUGUUGUUGUGUGGCUCAUGUAGCAGCAACUGGCCAAUGCUGCAACAACAACAAUAACAACAAUAGCAGCUGCCAGAACAAUCUGCACAGUGGCCACAAUCAGAGUCAAAAUUUGACCAACAACAACAGCAGCACCGGUAACGUGGCCAUGGUCCGAUCCCGGCUGCUGAUGACCAAGGACGAAAAGACGGACAAAAACAUCAACCGGAGGCGGCAAAUUCACGACGUCAGCCAAACGGUUCUAGUAGGUGCAGGGACAAUGUGCUGCGCCGGUGGUCAUCACGGUUCCAGCUUGGGACCGGGACCAGGAAUGAUCUCAUCAUCGGCGGGUGGUCAGGGUCCACAGAUUAUCCUGACUCCGACGGCGAACAAUCAACAACAACAACAACAACAGUCGAGUAAUGUGGGAGGUGGUGGACGGCAGCGGAGGCAGCUCGGAAAUCGAUCCAUCCGGAGACGGCACACCGUCGGGGGAACGCACGAUUACUGUUCGAACGCGGGAAAAGUGGUUCAGCAUACCGCGGGGGGUCAGUGUCGGUUGAUGCAGAAUGCAUCGACGGGGACUCCCGGAAGUGCUGCUGCUACCAAUGCAGACGAUAAAAAGGAUGGCUGUUAAAAACGUAACAAUUCUAUCACACCGAAUGGGGAAUUGGCAAAUAAUGUGGACGCGUUAGACUUCUUUUUCGGAUGAGAGAAAGAAUAAUACUUUUGUUAUUUGGAUUUAAGUGUUUGUGUACCACACCGUCAGGGAAGAAGGUACAUAAAAGUCUAGAGUUCUAACUAGAGAUUAAGCGCUUCUUAGUAUUGUUUGUCAAACUCAAAAUUAAGAACCUGUUAUUUCAGAAUGUAUAUGUAAUAUCUAUCCUUAGAGUUAACAAAUCCAAUUCUUUGGUUUUGGAUGCGUUUUUUUUUGUUCUUUCCUUUUCAAUCUUAUAAUAAAUGUAGUGAGCGAU